AUGAUUCAGCGCUGCCAACUGAGCAGCGCCGCGAAUUGCUUUCUCAAUUCUCACCGCGAAGAUAACGAUGCUGAACGUAUUUCCAUGGAUCGUCCUACAGCUCCUUAUUACGAUGGUCACAAUUGGAAAUCGACUGUGUCUGUUGCGAUGGAGCUCGAGCGGCAUAGAUAUUCCAUGCUUCUGGAUUUUCAUCGCAUCGGGACGCAGAUGGAAGACUCGAUUGAUAGAUUGUAUCUUGGCUGUAAAAAAGCAAAAAAGGUAGACACUGUACCCCAGACGCGGUGGCUUGUGCAACGAGGGACUGUCAAAGCCGACAAGAUUCCCGCACACUUGCAGACACCCUUCGUUUUGAAUCCCACUCCAAGCCGCGUUUCCGAAUGGCCUAGGCACUUUGAGAAUUCUCACCUCUCCGAGCACACUGGAAGGUUGGGGCUGCCGCUUGAUCAAGAUCAUGUAGACGUGCAUUGGAGCCGGGAACGUUUGAAAACCUUAAGAGCAAGCGCUGAGGAAAAGGGACGCAAAGAUCAACGAAUUUCCGUACAGGACUACCAUGAUACUGUGUCACUGUACAUCCAUAAUCCCAAGAGUCCUGGUGGAAAUGGGCCCAUGCUUAAAGAGACGACUUUGUAUUGGUGGGAUAAAGUACCACAAACCAUGGCAGCAAUUGAUUAUGAGAUCUUCAAUGGAACAGACGAGGAGAAGAAGAAAGCCGAGACUAAAUUGACCGAGCUGGAAAAUCUUUUCCGACGUAAUCAGCUCAAGAGAAAACAAAUUUCUGGGGCCGAUGGUCGUGCGAGAAAAGCGCAGAAAAUGGCCAAUCUCCACAGAGAAUUUAAGAGAUCCGGGUCUGUCCGGGAUAAGAUUGAGGACUUCGAACAUAUAAAGGAAAGAGGCGGAGAAGGUUAUCUGGCAGUUAGCCAUCAUCUAAGUGCGGUGCCAGGAUACAUGAUUUAUGACUUUCAGAAUGAGCGACAGCUGGGUACAGGAUUGUGGAACAGUAUUGGACCUGGUAAUGGAGUCAAACGUGCGCGCUCAAGUCCUGUAUGGCGUAUCCAUGAUCCUUAUGGUGCGCAUAGCUCGUUGAGGUUGGUGAGCAAUGCUAGCAGUGAAUUUCAAGAAAAGUACGUCACGAAGGCGACUUAUAGUCCACCGACUUCGAUACAUACAGUAGAUGGCUCGGCCGAACCACUGCAGCAAGAGUCAGAUCCAGAAGAUACAUAUUUAGACUGGACACAAUCAGACGAGACAAAUUCAGACGAGACCGUAUGCGACGAGAUUUAUCUCGAGACAGAUUCCGAUGAGUGCGAAAUAGCGGAGGAAGAAUCAAUAGUGAUCUAA